UCCCCACUCGUCUUAACCACAGUCUCUGGUCUUAACGAGCAGUCAGGCUAAGUGGGUCCUCAUAGAACGGUGCCGUCUUUGGCAGUGUCGUUAGUGAAAUACAAAAAAAUAACAAAAAAGCGAAGAUGGCUUCUCCAAGGACGAUAACCAUCGUGGCACUUUCCUUCGCUCUUGGUCUUUUUUUCGUGUUUAUGGGCACAAUUAAGCUGACACCAAGACUAAGCAAAGAUGCUUAUAGUGAGAUGAAACGGGCAUACAAGAGCUAUGCCAAGGCCCUCCCAGGUUUGAAGAAACUGGGCAUCAGCUCGGUGCUCCUGCGAAAGAUCAUUGGCACACUGGAGGUGAGCUGUGGCGUGGUGCUGACGCUGGUGCCUGGGAGACCCAAAGAUGUGGCCAACUUCUUGCUGCUGCUGGUCAUGCUGGCGGUGCUGUUCUUCCACCAGCUAGUGGGUGACCCUCUCAAGCGAUACGCUCAUGCCCUGGUUUUCGGUAUCUUGUUGACCUGCCGGCUCCUCAUCGCCAGACAGAGCGAGGAUAGGCCCGAGCGGGAGGAAACUAGGGAGCAGCAGGUCAAUGCCGAGGAAAAGAACAAAGUCAAAGUGUCUUAGUCCUAGUUCCUAAGCUGGGCAGAUCCACACCAAGAGGAAGAUUGGAUGUCUCUCUUUGGAUGAUGGAAAUCCUGGAAAAAAGACAGUCGCCACAAAAGAGAUAGCUGCACGGCCCUGACACCCCUGACUCCCCCACUCAUCCCCUCCUCCCCAGCAGACUGAUUUGUUAAUUUCACCUACCUUUUUUUAAACGUAAGAAGCCUUCCCCUUGACAUUGGACGGUCACGUGUGGCAACUGUUUUGACUUCCAGCUCUUUCAGGAAACAAGGCAAUUUAUGCAGCAGUCAUUUCCCUCUAUUGUUAAAUGUUUUCAUUUUCAAAUAUUUGCAUUUUACAUCUCUAUUUAAACUUUUAAAUUUAAAACUUUGUUACAUUUGCUUUGACGGAUACUACUUUUGUCACCGUUUUUAAUGCUGAGUUUUACCACAUUUAAAUGGACUAUGGGACAUUUUCUGGGGUAGUUUUUCAUAUGAGUAGUUAGUGAUAAUAUGUAUAAUUUCAAUUUCUUAAGCAUAAUAAUUUGGCAUUAUACAUGUGGAUAAGGCUAAUUAAACCAUGCUAAAUUAGCACUACUGUUUUGUAUGUAAUGUCCGUACAUAUGCAUUCAUGUUCCAACUUUUUUUUAUGCUUAAGUGGAUGAUGUAGAAUGGAACUACUGUGUGUAUUUUGGUCUUUUUCUCUUUUUUAUUAGGUCUCUUCAGUUGUUCUUGUUCCUGUUUCUGUGCAUGCAGACUUGUGAUCCUAUCAGAAAUACAAAUCAUUGAAAUGGCCAAAAAUGAUAAUUAGUACUUUUUGGGUUGAUGUGACAUCUGCUUUUUUCACCUUGUGUUAUUUAGCAGACACUCGUAUCCAGAGAUACCUUCCUUGCUGAUUUGCUGUACCCUUCUUGUGUUUUUGCUCUUGUUUUUCAUCAUGAGGAGAAAAAAAAAGUGAAAAGUUUGUAAAGAAGGGAAAUUUUCCACUACUGGUUCAAUGUCCAUCUCAUCCCUUCCAUCAAUUUAUGACAAGCCAUGUAUGAAUAUUCCAUAAUGCUGUCUUUGAUUGAAUUUCUUAAGCUCUCAUUACCCUACUGUUCUUGUGGCAUGACAAAAAAUAACCAAUGUCAAUGUGGGAUACAAGCAAAAUAAUGAAUUGGCAGUCAGUGGUUUCAAGGAUAAGCAGUGCUUUAAGUUACUGGUAUCGUGUAGGAUUAGCUUUUCUUUCUAAACACGGUUUCCCAUCUUGACCAGUGAGUGGAACAGGUGGAAAUAAGACACUGAUCCUCCUUGGUGAAUAAUUGUAGAACAAUGGAUAAGUCCAUAUUCAUACAGUAGCAUGUUUACUGAUCUUUAUCUCAAUAUGAAAGGGAUGGUAAGGGGUACUAGGAUUUGUGCUUUUAUGAUGUCACCUGGAAAGAAAUAACUCAGGUUAAAUGGAAAGAUCUGCAUACUGAGCAUAAAUUAUUGUGAACAAAAUACAAUCAUGUUGAUGGCUUGGAUUACAAAAAAAGCCCUGGUAUGUCACUGUGCUUUGAAUCCUGUAUAAAAAAAUGUGCAAAAUAAAGAUGUUUGGAGGAAAAUUACAAA